AUGAAGCUACCAAGGUCAACUGGGCUCCUGCGCCAGAAACAACGCCUCCUCGACUCCCUCAAAGUUCGAAACGACCCUGGCAAUGGCCAGUACGAGUCGGGGCAGUUUGGGCGAUGGUCCAACAAGGAUCUAGAUCCCUCACCACCGCAGCAGAGAACGUGGUCGGCGUGGUCAUUCUUCGCCUUUCAGUUCAGCAUCGCGUUUUCGCCCACGACUUACAAUGCCGGUGCGAGUCUGUAUGCAAUCGGCUUGAACUGGUGGAUCAUUUUUAUAGCGUCAAUUGUUGUGUCAAUCCUGAUAGCCAUUCUAUUAUUUUUGAAUGCACGAGGCCCGGCACGGUACCACGUUGGAUAUCCGACUUUUGUUCGUCUAUGCGCCGGCAUGUAUGGAUCGCUUUUGUUUAUUUUUAUCCGCGGUGUCGUCGCUAUAUUAUACAUGGCAAUCCAAACAUAUUACGCUAGUCAAUUUGUGGCUGUCAUGCUGCGUUGUGUGUUUGGACACCAAUGGACAGAUAUACCUAAUCAUCUUCCAAAGAGCGCUGCCAUUACAUCAUCAAAUCUGUUGGCAUUUGGAAUAUUGUGGAUCAUCCAGUUUCCUUUUGCCUUUGUACACCCCAGCAAAAUGGCUGUCGUUUUUCAAAUCAAGUCCGUGAUUGCUCCUAUCGGACUGAUCGCUACUAUGAUCUGGGCUCUUGUGUCAAGUCACGGUGCAGACUUUGAAGGCCUAAGCUCACAAACAGUGUCCGGUGCAGCUCUGGGCUGGUCAUUUAUGCACGCUAUAAACGCAAUCGUCUCAAACGUGAUUCCUCCGCUAGUCAACAUUUCCGACUUGGCGCGUUAUGUCAAACGUCCUAGAGAUACUCUUCCUAUGCCCAUUGGAUUGGUCGUUAGCAAGCCGCUGGUUGUGUUUCUUGGUAUGGUUAUCACCGCUGCAGGGUACAAGCAGUUUGGUCAAGCGUAUUGGAAUCUCUGGGAUUUUUAUUCGAGUGUUCUUGAUGAUUAUUGGAGUCCCGGGGCGCGAACACUUGUCUUUCUCGCUGCCGGAAUACAAGCAUUUGCCACAUUCGUCACGAACUUCACCAGUAAUUCGAUCCCCGUCGGCUGCGACCUCACUGGCCUGUUCCCCCAAUACUUCACCAUCGUCCGAGGCCAGGUUCUGUGCUUCAUUCUUGCUUGGGUGUGUGUCCCAUGGAAGCUCACCUACUCGGCGUCUUCGUUCCUUACUUUUCUCGGGUCCUAUCUCUGCUUUAUCUGUCCGAUUGUUGCGUGUAUGAUAGUCGACUACUGGGUUAUUCGAAAAGGCAAUGUUCACGUACCGUCUUUAUACAAAACACAGCCAGGGUCCAUAUACUACUACACUGCAGGCUUUAAUAUUCGCGCCUUUGUCGCCUGGGUUGUUGCAAUUGCCCUUGUCAUUCCCGGUGUUUCGGGUAGUUUACACCCGGGGUCCAUCGGCACGGCCGCUGUGAGGAUGUAUAACAUGGGUUUCCUGCUUUCGACGGUCGUCGCAGGCUUGGUCUAUUAUCUCGGCUGUCGCAUCUGGCCUGUGCCAAUUUAUCCGAGCAACGUACAGCCAAAGGACGAGUCUUGGGAGGCGAUGCGCUAUACGGAGGGCUUCUUUGCCGAAGAUGAAGUCAUACCAGAAUAUUUGCGUGACAAAGUGCUUGAUGGGCAGUUGAUCCAUGUUCAUGCAGACAAGGAAGAGGUUCUGUCGGCCCCUGGGGAUGGGAAGUUGAGCAUAUAA